AAAGUGAAAAUUUUUAGACGUCAACGAGAAAUAAAUUUUGAUCACUUGAACUAAUAAGAUGAUUGUUAAUUGAAAAAAUUCGACAUGAAGAAGCAAAAGACGCGAAUAUUUUGUCAAAGUUUCUGUUGCAACAGAUGUUCUAACAAGAGUUGCUAAGGCGUCACCAAAAUGCGAGAUGGAUGAUCAAAUGUCUCCGGAUGGGGUGUAUAAAAGCCCCGAGGAAAUUGAGGAAAGGCAUCAGUUUAGCAAGUCUCUAGCUAAAGGAACUAACCAGUGAAAAUGCGUUUCAUCAUUGUUGCUCUGUCGGUCGCUUUGGUGCUCUCACCAGCUUAUGCGAAGCCAGGUCUCUUUGACUUCAUUGGAAAUGUUGUUACUGGAAUCGGAAAUGCUGUUACCUCGGCCACCAAGGCUUUCAGUGAUGGCAUCACUAAGGCCAUGCAAGGUGCUACCCAGGCUCUUCAGAGCGCUCUGAAGGCAGUACAGGGUGGUGUACAGGCUCUCGCUGAUGGUACAGGACAAGUUGCCAAUGCUGUUGCCGAUUCAGCUGGAAAGAUCACCGCCGACAUUGCUGAUGCUGCUGGAAACACCGUCAACGUUGUUGUAGAUGCUGCUGGAAAUUUGGUUAAGGCUGGCGGAGAAGUUGUGACCAGUGUUGUAAAGAUUCCCGCUGAUGUCCUUAAGGCUCUCCAGGAAGCUGCCCAGAAGACUGCCGAACAGGCUCAACAAGCUGCUCAAGAUGCUGCAAAUACUGCUGCUGGUGCUGCUCAACAAGCCACUGAUGCUGCUACUGGUGCUGCUCAGCAAGCAACUGAUGCUGCCCAACAAACUGCUCAACAGGUUCAGGAUGCUGCUACUGGUGCUGCUCAGCAAGCCACUGAUGCUGCCCAACAAACUGCUCAACAGGUUCAGGAUGCUGCUACUGGUGCUGCUCAACAAGCCACUGAUGCUGCUCAGCAAGCAACUGAUGCUGCCCAGCAAACUGCUCAACAGGUUCAGGAUGCUGCUACUGGUGCUGCUCAACAAGCCACUGAUGCUGCUACUGAUGCUGCUCAACAGACUGCUCAACAAGCUCAGGAUGCUGCUGCCGCUGCUACCCAGCAAGCCACUGAUGCUGCUGCUGCUGUUCAGGCCCCAACCACCGCCUAAAUGCCAUUUAUUGUCCAAGCUGAUCUUUUCUCUUGAACAACUUUGGAAAAUAACGAUGUCGACAUAAAAAGCAAUUCUAAAAUUCAAUUAUAAAUAUAUUCAGUUGCAAGCAUUAA